AGGUAAAGCAUUUCCUUUAGUCGUUGUGAAUCGCUCACCCACCUGUUCACGGUGGAUAGGUAAGAGAAUGGGAAAGCUUCAGGAAUUCGAAAUAACUCUUAAUAACAACAAAACGGCGUACAGUCCCGGCGAAUCCAUCUCUGGAACUCUGAAAAUCUCAAUUACACAGCCCAUACCAUGUAAAGCAAUCAAAGUGAACUGCCAGGGCUUCUGUGGAGUGACCACCAAAUCAAAUGACACUGACUGGACAGAGGAGGAGCAGUACUUCAGCAGCUCAGUCUCAAUAGCAGACAAAGGAACUCUGAAAGAGGGCACGCACAAUUUUCCCUUCAAGUUUCUCUUGCCAGCUGCUGCUCCAGCAUCAUUUGAAGGGCCUUAUGGACGGAUUAUAUACAGAGUUCGGGCUUUCAUAGAGACUCCCCGUUUUGCAAAAGACUACAAGAUAGAGAAGCCAUUCUCUAUGUUGUACACAGUCAACCUGAAUGAAGUACCUGGUAUACAGGAACCUAGCUCAUCUUCUGUAACCAAGAAUUUCUCAUACAUGCUUGUGAAGAAUGGGACAGUGGUGCUAAAUGCUGAGAGUGACAUGCGAGGAUAUAUCGCUGGACAGAUCAUUAAAGUGUCCGCUGAGAUUGAAAACAAAUCUGAGAAGUCAACAGGCCAUGUGGUUGCCAGUCUAAUGCAGAAAGUGACGUAUAAUACCAAGAAGCCAACAAAUGACUUGCGGACAGUAGCGGAGGUUGAAGGACCUGGAGUUAAGGGUGGAAAUAAAACUGUGUGGAAAGAGCAGAUAAUUGUGCCAACUCUUCAUCAGUCCUCCCUGACAGAUGGAAACCUUAUCCAUAUCAGCUACUACAUUCAGGUCUAUUUGAAAUACCCAGAGGUGUCAUUAACUCUACCCAUUUACAUUGGAAAUGUCGCAGUGGAUCCCACUCUGCCUUCCUCCUCCCGGUCCAUUUCACCAAUGCCAGCACCACGCAACAACCCUGCCUCUGCCCCUGACCCUGCCUCUGGCCCUGACCCUGCCCCUUCUCCUGCUGCUGCUCCCGCUGAAACAGCCCUUCCCAGUCUGCCACCACGCACAACCCCAAAACCUGCACCCAAGCCUAGGCCUCGUAGCUGCUACGUAGUGUCCCCCAGUGCACCUCCAGCAGAUCUGUACCCUAAACUCCCAGGUGUGGCUAACUACAACGGGGAAUUGACAAAGAGUCCACAGUUAGAGUCAGGUUCCCAGGCUGCAGUGUCCCCUAAUGCAUUCAGCUACGCUCCUGGACUCAGCUUCAGACAGAGACAGAAUGGCCUAUCAGCACUGCCAUUGAGUUCAUCCUCCAGCCCUCAAGACACAAACAGAAAUCAAAUGUCCUCUUCAGCAAGCUUGCCUCCAAACUAUAGUAGUUCAGCAUAUCCACAUGAACCUCCACCUUCUUACGACGAUAGCUUCAAUACAUAGGAUGUUACCCAACCAAAGGAAGAAGGGAGAAAACAUUCAUAACACUCCUUUGACUUCAUAAUAAGUGUAGUCCUCAAGCACUUUCGAACCAAAUGUGUAAAUAUACAAAUUCUUCUGAGUUCUGAUAUUAAACCUGGUGUAAUACUUCAGAUGUGGUUUGGCAGCUAUAAUGCCAAACAGUUGGACAAUUUUCUUUUCAUUUUUGUCAUUGGAAAUAUUGUCUAUUGUUUUAUCAUGGAAGAGUAGUAAGAACUCUUUUACUAUCAGACUAUCCCUUGUUUUGGACAUGCUUGCAAUCACACAGCCAAGAUAUAUUUGCUUUUAUUCGUAUGUUCAGGCUUUGUUUUUAUUUGUUCCUCAUAAGCUACAGAAGGAUCCAGUUCUAAUUGAAAUGACAUUAUAUAGACCACGUUUGGAGUCCCUAAUCAUUGUCAUUAUACGAGACUACUGAAUAUAUUAAUGUUCUGUGGUAUUUAAUUAUUCUUUUCUGACUUUGAUAGUAUUUUCCCCUCCAGACAAUUUUAUCGCACACUACUUGAUUGUUAAAAAGUUUUUGUAUUUAAGCAGUGAUUUGCAUUUAUAUGUAGUGUACAGAUUAAUAAAAUUCUUUUUAAAAUCAAUGACAUGCAAAUUUGAGUUGAAUUGAAAAAACUGAAAAAAA